AUGGUCGACACAUUAGAUAAAUCCUCCGAGGGCUACCCUGGGGCGAGGUACCACAGCUGUUCGGCGAAUAUUGACGAGAUCGAGAGGACCUGCCAAGCUCGUGUCCUCCAAGCUUUCAACCUUCGACCGGAAGAAUGGGGCGCUAAUGUGCAAUCCAUGUCAUGCUCAAACGCCAACCUGUACGUCUACUCCGCCCUCCUCGGUGUGCAUGACCGCAUGAUGAGUCUAGACGUAGCCUCCGGUGGCCACCUCUCGCACGGCUACACGCGCGGGCGGAAGAAGAUCUCCCACAUAUCCAAGUAUUUCGAGACUCUACCUUACCACCUGGACGCCUCGACAGGCACUAUCGACUACGACGGGCUCGAGGCGCUCGCGGCGCACUACAAGCCGAAGCUCAUAGUCGCCGGCACGUCCACCUACAGCCGGCUGAUCGACUACGCGCGGAUCCGCGCCAUAGCCUCCAGGAGCCCGGCCUUCGUCAUGAGCGACAUCUCGCACAUCUCCGGGCUCAUAGCCGCGGGUUUGAUCCCCUCGCCCUUUGAGCACAGCGACGUCGUCACGAGCUCGACCGCCAAGCUUUUGCGAGGUCCCAGAGGCGGCAUCAUCUUCUACCGGAAAGGCGUACCCCUAUCCCUGGCCAAGCGCAACGGCAACGGCAACGGCAACGGCAACGGCAACGGCAACGGAACUACCGUCGAAGACGCCAUCAACAGCUCCGUCUUCCCAGGUCAUCAGAGCUCACCUCACAACAACACGACCGCGGCCCUCGCCGUCGCGUUACAGCAGGCCCUGACGCCGCAAUUCAAAGAAUACCAGCGUCUCGUCCUUCUGAACGCGCGCGCGCUCGCCGACGCCCUUAAGGAGCUAGGCUAUGCGCUCGCGUCCGGCGGCACAGACACGCAUCUCGUGCUGCUCGACCUGCGAUCCAAGGGCAUCGACGGCGCGCGCGUCGAGCGCGUGCUCGAGGUCCUCGGCGUCGCCAGCAACAGGAACGUGCUCGCCGGGGACGUCUCCGCGCGGGAGCCGAGCGGCCUGCGCAUCGGCUCGCCCGUCAUGACGGCGCGGGGGCUCAAGCCCGAGGACUUCGCCCAGAUCGCGAGGUUCGUCGACAGCGCUGUUGAACUCACAAAGGAGCUUAUGGUUCUUGCUGACAACAGCGGCCGCUGCCGCCGCGCGCGCGAGUCUAAUGGUAAUGGUAAUGGUAAUGGCCUGGAACGUUUCAUGAAUUUUGUGGCAGAGAAUGAAAAUCUUGAUAUGGUGGCUGAGCUUAGAUCAGAGAUUCGGGCCUGGGUGGAGCGAUUUACUGCUACGUCAUAA